UUUACUGCUGACACUCACUAUACUGUUUGAUUAUCAUUGCGGAAAUAUUAGAUGUAUAUUAUUUGUAGUGACUAAUGUGAAAAUGCAUUGAAGUCAUCGAUUUGGUCUCUUUUUUCCGUUCAAUGGUCUUAAGUUCAAUGCGUGCAAUAAUAGGUUUCUGCCAGUACCAACUUCUUGCCUCCGGAUUUUCCUGUACAAGAUGUACCCUCCUGUUCAUUCUGGAUUUUUUCCAAUAUCUGAUAUUGAAACAAAUGGUACAAAUCAAAUAGUAGCAGUCUCCAGCGCUUGAUCGACAGCGGGGAAAGACCAAUGCAGCGAUUGAAUAAGUUAAAUCAGUGUGCAAUCCAUUUAGUACUAUCCUCAGCUGCCUGCCUACAUAUACGUGUGUGUUUCUAGGCCGGGAUAAGAGAUCGUCUUUCUCUGCCAUCCUUUUGCCUUGCGCUGACUCACGAAAGUUAUGACGUACCCUAUCAAACGUCAAAGUCGAAGUGAUGUUAUGUACUAUCUGAGCAGAGAUCUCUGUUUCGCGUUAGGUUGUGCCGUGAAAAAUGUUAUGAUGUGUUCUACAAAAUCCGAUUAAUUGAAGACUGGAGGUAAAGUUAAAUGAAUGUGUGCCUAUAUGUAAAGUAAGUAGAACAGUCGUAAGCACUGUUUGCUUGAAACUAAUUUGUUUUGUCACGGAUUUAAGACUUAGUUAUCUGAGAAAUAAUGUUAAAAUUGAAACGAAAUAAACAGCAAGAACUAAAAACCAAACCUUCGAUACGACAAAUAAAAAGAUCAGUGAAACAUACCAGAAGUUUGCUGCUGUUGGAAGUUGUAAUUACGCUUUAUCAGAUGUGAAGUGAUUUUUUUGGAGUUGAAGAUAAGUAUUAGCACUAAGUACUAACAGUGCUGAAAACAAGAUAACACCGAACGGAACGGAAAAGUAAGAUGGGAGUAAACGAAUCUCCCGGAAACAGUAACGAUGGUGUUACCCAGCUGAUGAAACUUACCAGUGCCGUUUUCUACGGAACAGCUUCAUUCCUGAUCACCGUAGUUAAUAAAACGGUCCUUACAUCGUAUCGAUUUCCAUCGUUCUUGGUGCUCAGCUUGGGGCAACUUGCGGCGAGUAUAAUUGUUUUGUUUCUGGGGAAACAUUUCAAUAUAGUAAAAUUUCCGGAUUUGAAUCGGGACAUUCCACGUAGAAUCUUCCCUCUGCCAUUGAUUUAUCUGGGAAACAUGAUGUUCGGACUAGGUGGAACACAAGCCCUAAGUUUGCCCAUGUUCGCCGCUCUUCGGCGAUUCUCUAUCCUGAUGACCAUGAUUCUGGAACUGCGAAUUCUUGGCGUUCGACCAACAACUGCAGUUCAAGUUAGCGUUUACGCUAUGGUUGGAGGAGCCUUACUAGCAGCAAGUGAUGACCUCAGUUUCAACCUGCACGGAUAUCUAUUUGUGAUGGUUACCAACAGUCUGACUGCAGCCAACGGGGUGUACAUGAAGAAAAAAUUGGACACGGCUGAUAUGGGAAAGUACGGCCUAAUGUACUACAAUUCCCUUUUCAUGUUCCUCCCAGCGUUCAUUGGCACAUGGCUUUGCGGAGACUUAGACAAAGCGUGGCAGUUCGAGUCGUGGGAUGACCCAUUGUUUGCCAUACAAUUCCUCCUUUCCUGUGUGAUGGGCUUUGUUCUGACCUACAGUACGAUUCUCUGCACUCAGUACAACUCGGCCCUAACGACAACUAUUGUUGGUUGUCUAAAAAACAUCAGUGUGACCUACAUUGGUAUGUUUAUCGGAGGUGACUACUUGUUCUCCUGGCUUAAUUCCAUCGGAAUCAACAUAAGCGUGGCAGGCUCGCUGCUGUACACAUACGUCACGUUUAGGAAAAAGAGUUCCUCAGGAGCAGCAAGCUCGAGUGCUGGCAGUCAAUCUUCCGAUCGAAAAACAUUGCUGCCCUCAGCGAGCCGCAUCGACAACGUAAGCAAGCACGAGCCACAGUUAGAGUCGUAUCAUCACGGUUUAUUUUGUCUAAUAUGCCUUUUCCUCUACAAUAACGAAACCAAAUGCAAAUUUCGUGAAUUUGUUUCUCGUGUGAUCGUCUCUUAUAUUACAGAUAAAUCAGAAACAAUGUUAAGGCCAUUCAACGCUCGUUGGGUUCCACUAUACCAAAUUUUUAAUCGAUGUGCGUCCACAAAAAUUGAAAAUGCACAGGCCUCACCAAACAUCACCGAAAUUCAACAAACAAUCCCCACGGACGAAUUCACGAAGGAAUUUCUGAGAAAUCAAAUCAAACUAACCGAUGCUCAAAGAAUCAUACUCAGUGCAGGCAGUUCGAUAGCCGCCCUUGUAAAUCCUAGAAGACACGACAUGAUAGCAUGUUUGGGCGAAACAACCGGUGUUUCGGCCCUGGAGAGCAUGCAUCAACAAAUGCUGUCGUCGGAAGAAGGUCGUCUGGUGUUGAUAGAAAAACCUCGUAUUAAUACUAAGACUGUAGACCUGGAGGCACUGAAAAAGCUUCCAGAGACCAGCUUUGGUUUCCACUAUGUCAAUUUUCUCGAAAAACACGAAAUAACACCAGAUUCUCGAAUGGAAGUUCGUUUUAUAGAAAAUCCCGACCUCGCAUAUGUCAUGACACGGUACCGGGAAGUUCACGACUUGGUGCAUACCGUGUUCGAUAUGCCGACUAACAUGCUUGGAGAGGUAGCCAUCAAAUGGGUAGAAGCAAUCAAUACUGGCCUGCCUAUGUGCUACGGGGGCGCAGUCUUCGGGGCGUUCCGUUUAAGACCAAAGCAACGCCAAAACUAUUUAAAGUACUAUUUGCCCUGGGCACUACAGAUGGGGCAACGAGUGAAACCGAUAAUGUGUAUUUAUUGGGAAAAACGAUGGGAGCAGAAUAUCGACGAACUAAGAAAGGAGUUGAACAUUGAAAUUCUCAGUCCGAAAUAAAAUGUAGGCAAUAGGUAGUUUCAAGUGAUACACAAUCACUUGAUAAAAAUCAUAGUAAAUAUCGCCCAAAUUUUUAUUUGACAUAGAUUUUCAGGCAUAAAAGUUCAUUUGAACUUUAUAUUUCGACGCGAAAGAAAGAACAUUUGGAAGGUCCUUAAAUAUAAUGCAGAAUAACCAAUAUGCUUGUCUUUUAAAUUCGUCAAAAAUCAUCUGCGACUGCCAUAAGACUAUUUUUUCUGUAUGUAUGUGAGUAGCCACCAUCCUAGCUUGAGUCCCGCUGUGCAUGCGGCUCCACUUAAUAGUACGCUCAAAUUUCGUUACCAUUCUGCAUUCAGCAUACCGCUGUAUGAAGGGCCAAAACGGGGUGGUGGACCCGUGGUAAUUACACCUACUCAGUAUCCGCGGGAA